UUAGUGACACCGGUGGACAAAAGUGGGAAAAUUCUGGUCUACCCCUUUGAUGGCAGCCACUGGCUGAACAUGAACCUUUUACUGGAGGCGCUUCACGCUCAAGGCCACCAAAUCACAGUGCUGAGAACCUCCACCAGCUGGUACGUAUCGGAGAAGUCGCCCUACUACAGCUCCAUCACCAUCGUGCAGGAAGAGUCUACCAAUGUCGAGAACCAGAACUACAUGACCGCCUUCUUGGAGAGGUCCAUCCAGAUCCAGAGACACAGGGGCUCGCUGUGGGCCUUCGUGGAGUUCUACAGGAACAUCUAUAGUUUGAUUAGAGAGAGCCAGGUUUCCGUGGCCAAAAUGGUUGUCAGCAUAUUUGAGAAUCAAACUCUAACCACGCAACUGAAAGAAAGUCAAUACGAUGUUUGCUUGACAGACCCGGGCUUCCCAGGUGGGGUUUUGCUGGCUCAUUAUCUGGACCUCCCAACGGUCUUCAACGUGCGCUGGCUUUUUAACGGCGAGGGACACUUUGCCAUUGCGCCGUCACCUCUGUCCUACAUACCGCAACUCUUCUCCAAUUAUUCGGACAAGAUGGACUUCACCCAAAGGGUCAACAACGUCAUCUAUCACGGCGCUCUGGUUUACAUGCACCACUUUGUGUCCAAUCCGCCUUACCGGGCCGUGUGUGAGCGAUAUUUCGGCGGUGACGUCAACGUCAUGUCUCUCAUACAGGGCGCCGAUCUUUGGCUGAUGAGGGUGGACUUUACCUUCGAGCUCCCCCGUCCCACCAUGCCCAACGUGGUCUACAUCGGAGGGUUUCAAGGGAAGCCCUCAAAGCCUCUCCCGGCGGAUUUGGAGGACUUUGUGCAGAGUUCUGGGGAGCACGGAGUGGUGGUCAUGACUUUAGGAACGCUGCUAGGCGACCUUGGACCGGAGAUCUCACAGAUCAUCGCUUCUGCUUUCGCUAGGAUUCCUCAAAAAGUCGUUUGGAGACAUAUUGGGGAGCGACCCGCCACUCUGGGGAACAACACUCUAUUAGUGGACUGGUUACCCCAGAACGACCUCUUAGGUCAUCCCAAGACCAAAGUCUUUGUAACACACGGAGGCACCAACGGCAUAUACGAGGCCAUCUACCACGGGGUCCCCAUUUUAGGGAUUCCGCUCAUCUUUGACCAGCAUGACAACAUGGUGCGAGUAAAAACCCGCGGCGUUGGCGAGUUUGUAGACGUGACGGCGCUAGAUGUGGAAUCUUUCACCGCUUCCCUCAGAAACAUUCUAGAUCCCCGGAAGUCCUACAAGCAGGACAUGAUGAAACUUUCCCAACUUCACCAUGACAAACCCAUGAAACCCAUGGACACCGCUAUCUUCUGGGUAGAGUACGUCAUGAGGCAUAGAGGUGCGCCACAUUUGCGCACAGAGUCGUAUAAGUUGCCGUGGUACGUCUAUCACUCCCUGGAUGUUAUUGCUUUCCUUGCUCUUUUCAGUUUUCUGGUCGUCGCCUUCAUUUGGCUUUCCUUUAGAAUUCUCUGUGGUGUGUUGGCGCCGAUGGCGGAGGAAGAUGCUGGCCAGACAUGGCAGCCCCAAACGUAUUGUGAGGGUCUGCUGGGAACUUCUGGAAGAAUCCCCUGUGAGAAACAGAACUUCUCCUUUGUCCCAGGGGAGGUGAGGGACAUUGAGUCCGUGUGGGCCGGGUUCUGCACCUUCAUUGUUGAGGCGGUCGAUCGGAGCUGUGGCCGCAGGUGGUUGGUGACUGUUGUGGCGGCAAUCCCUGAACCCGGUGGUGGACACCAUCAGUAA